AUUUCAAUUUGUAGUUGUGCGCGGUAAAGGGGUUUUUGCAAGAUUUGACCUUGUCUUUACUGUGUUAGUUGGUUUCGAGAACGUAAUAAAAGUGUAAUUACUCCGAUAAUCUUCCAAGUGAAAACACAAACACAAAUGUAUUUUUAAAAAUAUGAAUCAGUUGGUUCUGUUUCAAAUUUUGUCAUCUGAAGGAGGAUCCCAGCAAAUGCUACUUGUGAUAUAUAUGAUCAAAAACAGAUUUCAAAAUCUACAAAUUAAUUAGGGCAGUACAUCAUGAAGUUCUCUGAAGAUUCAAGUGGAGUGCUUCAUUUAAAUUCGACUUCGAAUAAAACAGUCAAGGAAUAUGAUUGCCAAAAGGUUGGCAUAAAGCAUUCAUCCGUUGGAGAUGUAUGUGACGUUUUUGUAAGUCAGAAAAAUAUUAAUGAAUCCAAAGAAAGUUCAAGUGAUAGACAGAUGACGUUUACUUCAGUUGGUUCACAUUCAAAUCAAUCAAAUUUACACAUUUCAAGCGAAUAUCCGCAGAAAGCAAGACGGUCGCUUUUAGACUGGGACAGUUUUAUAAAUCUACCUAAAAAGCCUCGAAAUCUGUCGUUAAAAACUGAUGAUUUGUCUCGAACGUUAGUUACAAAAACGACAGAUUCAAGAUCUCCAAUUAAAUCAAAACAAGAAGGUGAUAGUCGUGCAUCCCCUUGCUUAUCUCCUAUAAAAGCAAACGAAUUUGUUGGGAAUGUAAAGUUAGCACCUCUUCGGUGUAGUACAGAACAAGACAAGUUAUUUACUAAUGGUGGUUAUUCGUCUUCCGAAGAACAUCAAAGUAAAAGUGUCGCUGCAAGGGGAGGCGAAUCAUCUGAUUUCAGCAGUCCUGAUUUCACUUUAUCAAGUAUCUCAGUUAAAAACCGUGCUGAAACGAGAAAACGAAGAUUGUUUCAUUUUGCCACUGCCUCCAAUGACUCCGAAGUAUCUUCAGACCAGCUAGAUAUGCACUCUCAAAGGCAAGACCAAAAACAAAUUCUCGUUGGCAAUCAUAACAGUAAAAAGAGAAAGUUGUCACCUUCAAUUCGAAUUCGCAGAACAAAAGACACUUUUAUGUGCAUAGCAAAAGAAAAUUUGUACAACGGUGUGCAGUCGCCUGAUUUUGCUUUUGAUACCGGUAAUUCAAUACAUUAUCAAAAGGUAUCGUGUGGCUCUCUAUGUGGUGCCUGUGAUCAUGAAAAUCAUAUAUCUAAUGAAUUGAAUUCAAGAGAACUCGGCGGAAGUAUUGCAUCUCAGCAAAGUCAUUCAUUGGCCAAGAACUCAUUCACAAUUACUCAUGCUGCAACACGACGGCCAUCUUUAAGAUUGAAGAAAUCAUCCAAACUUCCAAAGGAGCUUAUCUCAAAUCAAAAUCAAAGUGAUUUGGCUAACAAGUCCGUUUUUCAAUGUUUGUACUGCACGCGCCCAUUCUCAGAAAAACGUUAUCGACUAAAGCACAUGAUUACUUGUCGGUUAGCUCCAAAAAACUUAACAAAGAAAAAAUUACACGAAAUUAGUCGAAUGUAUGAGUCUUCAUCGACUUCAUCGGGAAGUCCUAAUCUAGUUAAUAAUGUCGAUGAAGAGAUAUCAAUAAGUAAUGGAGUUAUUUGUCAAGCGAAUCCGACUCUUCAAAACGGACAUUCAGACAAAAUAGAAAAUACUAUAAAAGAGGAUAAAAACUCCCCUGAAAAUUCAUAUCAAAAUAAUCCAAAGAUGAAUCAUGAUGUUGACUCAAAAUCAAAUCCAAUCACUCCUUUCCUGUCUACCACGACUAAUUCAUUUAUUAAUUCUGAUGAUUCAUUAAAAACAGAUUGUAAUACCUUAACUACUAAUACAUUUGAUUCUCAUUUAGUCACAAAACGUUCAGAAAAUAAUUUAUCUUCUAAUAAUAAUGAACCAUAUGAAUCCGAUGAAAAUAUUUGGCAAAAUUACAGACCCUCUUACGGUGGACCUUAUACAUGUUCAUUUUGCUAUCGUGUGAUCCAUAAUCGUUCUAACUUUUCUAGGCAUAUAGCCACUUGUAAGGCUAGGAUUUCACUAAGUACGCGCAGUACCCCAAAACCGAAGCCUGCGGUACAGAGAAAUAAACGCAGAUUUCAUUUUGUGUUUACGCCUACUCACAAAGCGAAACCACAGUUGGAGAAUUUAAGAAAAGAAUUAUUCAAGGGUGGAAUGUCGAAUACUGAGCUUAAUAAGAUUGAUAAAAAGAUCUCUCCCCCUCUAAUAUCUCAUGAUCAAAAUGUUGAUAAUUGUGUAACUGAAAAUCAAGUUCAAAUUCCAGUGUCGAGCCCGACUGUUAUUCAGUCAUGCCACGAAUGUUCUCGUUGUCAUAAAGUUUUGCGGUUCCGAAAAUCACUUCAGCGACAUAAAUGUAACCACAAGGUUGAUCACCGACAUUCAAAUGGCGAUACAGACAAUAAUGAAAUUGCAAUGAAUUCAGGUGAUAAAUCACUGGAUCCUCAUGGUCAUUCUAUGUUAGACAAGAAUGUGACUGCUUUAGUAAAUUCAGAAGACUCACAACAUGAUUGCACAGAUGAACGUCUGUUUUCGACUGAAUGUCAUCAGGACAACCCCACUGAAGAUGAACAGAAGAAUCGGAUGUCUCCAUCGACGACUGAACUGGAGACAUCAGAAGGAACAACAACAACAACAACAAUGACGACGAUGACGACAACAGCAACAUCGAGUGAACAAGAUGUUUCGAAUGAAAAUUUAACUGCAACUGUCUUCAAAUGUAACAUGUGUUCAUUGAGUUAUCGCCAUAGAACGUCACUUUUACGUCAUGCACGUCAAUCGAACCACAAGGUGGAUCUGAUUAGGACUCGUAAGAGAACAGAUUAUGUGAAGAAUAAUAACUCUGGUAUAAGGAGAUCAGGGGAGUGUUUGAAUGGUGGUGGAUGCAUGAAUAAUGAGAUGGUAUCGAAUUUGACAUGGAAAGAAUGUUCAGAGUCGGUGACGUUGGAUUGUAAAGUUGUUGAGAAUGCGAAUAUUGGGGAGGUAGUUGGUGAGGUUGAUCACCGACAUUCAAAUGGCGAUACAGACAAUAAUGAAAUUGCAAUGAAUUCAGGUGAUAAAUCACUGGAUCCUCAUGGUCAUUCUAUGUUAGACAAGAAUGUGACUGCUUUAGUAAAUUCAGAAGACUCACAACAUGAUUGCACAGAUGAACGUCUGUUUUCGACUGAAUGUCAUCAGGACAACCCCACUGAAGAUGAACAGAAGAAUCGGAUGUCUCCAUCGACGACUGAACUGGAGACAUCAGAAGGAACAACAACAACAACAACAAUGACGACGAUGACGACAACAGCAACAUCGAGUGAACAAGAUGUUUCGAAUGAAAAUUUAACUGCAACUGUCUUCAAAUGUAACAUGUGUUCAUUGAGUUAUCGCCAUAGAACGUCACUUUUACGUCAUGCACGUCAAUCGAACCACAAGGUGGAUCUGAUUAGGACUCGUAAGAGAACAGAUUAUGUGAAGAAUAAUAACUCUGGUAUAAGGAGAUCAGGGGAGUGUUUGAAUGGUGGUGGAUGCAUGAAUAAUGAGAUGGUAUCGAAUUUGACAUGGAAAGAAUGUUCAGAGUCGGUGACGUUGGAUUGUAAAGUUGUUGAGAAUGCGAAUAUUGGGGAGGUAGUUGGUGAGAUGAAACAAGUAUCUGAAACUCAUUCAUCAUCCAAUAAUUCAUCUAUCCUAACUAGAAAGACUUAUUCUCUUGGUUUACGAAGUCGCAGACUAUCAUUACAAUCUAAUCAAAGUAUGCGGAAUACAGAAACUCCAUCUAUUAUAUCCAAGUUAAAUAGAAGAAAAAAUAGAUCAGUUUCUCCAUAUUCACUUCGUCAUCCACGUAUCGAAGAAGAAAUAUCUAAAUGUAGUCGUCGAUCAUCGGUGUCUACACAAUCUUUAGGUGAUAAUUUAAUUGACGAUGUCAGAUCUAUCAUCUCAAAUGCAACAACUGUCCCAGCAUCUGAUUGUAGUUUAAAAAUCAACGAAUCAUCAUCAUUAUUCAUUUGUUCUUGGUGUAAUCGUUCUGGAUUUAAGUGUUGGCGUUACCUUCAAAUACAUCGUGCACGAUGUUCAUCUCGUCCAAAUCGAUUCAAUAAACAAAAAUCUAUUUUAUCGACAAACAAUAUUUCACAAGUUAAAACUUCUGUAACUUGUGAACAGUGCAAUCGAGAAUUUCGAUCUGGACCUGGCUUAAAAGUUCAUCAAACUUUAAUGUCACAUCAUAAUAAUAAAUCAUUCAUUCAUAAAAAUCAAUUAUCUAAUAACUUAUUAUCACAAUCUAUCGCUUGUCCAGGCUGUUCAUAUGAUUCACCAUUAUUUGAAUCAACUGAAAAAUUAUUAAAACAUUUACUAACAUUAAAAUCAACAAAUACUACUACUAAUACUAAUCAUCAUCAUACAAAUCGUAGUCAAUAUUGGCCUACUGUAUUAUCAGUGCCUAAUUUAGGUUAUGGUUGUCAUAUAUGUGGAAUGUUACUUGCUUCAGAAUCACGUUUAGAUAAACAUAAAAAAGCUGUUCAUGAAGUAUGGCUCUUUCAAGAACAACAAAAUAUUAGUCCAAGUAAAAAAUUACCUACUUCUACUUCAUAAAUAUAUUUAUAUUACAUGAUUGUUAUAGUUGACUGUCUUCAUUUUCUCUUCUUUCCUUUUUCUUUUUUUAAAAACAUUAUUAGUAUUUAAUCAGAAAUAGUUAUCGUUUUUGUAAAUAGUCAACUAUCUGUAAAUUUGUGUAAUAACACUAAUGUGUAUAUCAAUCUCUUCUUAAUUUUUUCUCUUUCAAAACUUUUUAUCUAUUAUUACGUAAUAAUAACAUGACGAUGAUGAUGACUAGUAAUGAGAUACAUUACAAUGAUCAGUCGAAUGACAAUGGAUCAAGAGGAUAUGAAUAUUUGUAAUUAGUAUUUAUUUAUGCAUUCAUUCAUGUAUUUUAGUGUGCACUGUUUCUAGGUUUUUUUAAUUAAAAAUUUUAUUUAACUUUAUUUUUCAAAAAUACAUAUUUUCUGUGUUAGAUAUACUACUGAAUAGGAUUAUUUUUUAAAAUAAUAAAUGUAUAUUAAAAGAAAAAAACUCAGCAAAUUUUCCAUCUUUACUUGUUAACUCCAUAACCUUUUUUCAAGUUUAAACUCAGUUUUCACCACUUUGCCUUUGUAUUCCUCUGCUCACUCACUCACUGUAUUUAAUUAUUUGUGACUCAUUCCAUCUUAUCUCCGUAAACUUACUAUCACAUCAUUAACCUCUUUCAGAAAUAAAAAACCUUUUUUAUUAUAAACAAACUAGAUGUAUGUUUGUCAGUUUAUAAGAUUAUUAUGCUUUUUAACUAGUACUGUUAUCAUUAAUUAUAAUUCUGUUAUGUACAGUUUAUAGUGUGAAGAUUGUUUUGUGUUUUUAGUAUUUGUUAUUUUGUUGUGUUUUCUCUCUCCCGGCGUAUUUCUCCUGUUCUCUUAGAAAACCACGAGAAAAUUUCACUGUGGCAAUGAAUAGUGAGAGAUGGCGGUAAAAAGAGGAAAAGAGUUUCUUUUUUCUGCUUAGGAUUUUUCAAUGAAUCGUUCUUUUGUAUGAAAGAAAUAAAUUUAUUUGUUUGCUUUUUAUCAUUGUUGUUGCUGUUGUGGUGGUGGUGGUUGUGGCUGUACCAUUUGUAGUGGAUAUAUUUUAAUACAAACACUUCUAGGUUUGUGUUUCAAUUAUUCCCUCCCUCUUCUCACUCGUCUACUCUGUAUUUUUUAUUUACUUAUUUUACAAUGCGUAUCAUUUUCUCUUUUUGUAUGUGUAAAAGAAUAAUAAAUUUUUUUAAUGAC